UCAGUGGUGUUGCCUCGCGGGGCUGUCGCCCGUGGCCGGCUCGGGUACGUCCAGCCUGGCCAGCUCCACCGCAUGCUGGUGGUGGGUAGGUGACUUGGAACGCGUGGACGCGUCGGAUGGCUGCAGCAGCGGGGAUAUCUCGGAGGUGGCAUUGGCCGGCACCUGACCACACACACACACACACACACACACACAGGGAAGGGAUGGGAGAGGGGAGGGUAGGAGAGGGUGCAUGUGUUGUGUUGUGAAUUGGGUGAUUGUUCGUCUCGUCGGGCCCACCCACCCAUUUGUAUACGACUUGGUUCUUGUCGAUCUUGAUGCGCCUGUACUCCCAAUCGCCGCCAGCCAUCUUGACGGGACCCUUGACACGAGCCGACUUUUCCUCUGCACACAACAUAGAUCACUUACACGGUGCAUUUCCAUGGAACGUAGUACUUUUCGGUUUCUCCUUCUUGGUUGGGGCGCAGCACAUGCACCAGACCUCCUCUUCGUCGGCGUCGAUGUCCCUGCUUUGCGGCGAGGAUGCGUCGGUCUUCUUCUCGCCCAGGUGCACCUCCACCGACUUGACCACGUCCACCCAUAUCUCGUCAAUCUGAUGACACACACAUAAGACAAGGCACACAACGAUAUGUAUGGCCGUGACGUGGAAUCCCUUUCUGUGUCGGUGGGCUGACGCGUCACCUUCUCGUUGAUGCGCCGUCGGGCGGACCCGGCAAUCUUGCUCAGAAUGCACCUGCAAUCCAGCGACCACAUUGCCAACGCCGUGAACGUAUCGGGACACACACCACACACACAAGAAGCGCCUUGACGUCCUUACCCCUCGAGGCAUCUGAAGCAUGCCAUGGAUACGAUGAAGGUGAAGUACAGCCAGUAGGCAAACUCCACCACCAGAAUCAACCCGAAACGCUCCGUUGCAGGAUCUGCAACAGCCAGACGGACCGGACACACACACAGAUGAUUGCAUCGGCAGGCAGGACGCACAGGUGUGGUGCGGACGGGCGGGCGGGCGGACCUUGCAAGAGGGGGAUUCUCUUGUGCGUGGCGCGAGGGCAGCCGUACUGCACAGCACAGGAGCAGAGCAGCAUACCGGGCACUCCUCAUGGCCUUCCUGUGUGUUGGUGUCGUGUUGGUGUUGUGUUGCGUGAGUGGAUGUCUUGCUUGCCAUGAAAGAGACGGUUAGGUUGAAGAGCACGAUGCCCCACGCCGGCAGCCAAAAGAACAACCACCCCGCCAGCCGCCUGCCAUACCAUGGACGGUAUGGAUGAUGCGAUGCCACACAAACAACACAACCAACGCCCAUUGAUCAUCUCACCCACGGCACCACCCAACUUACGUAUCUACCUGCGGCAUUGGACAUCCCUCCUGACGUCCUGCACCAGCUUGAUGGGCGUCUUCUUGUCCACCUGCCGCUCCAGCACGUACGCCCCAAGCCGGUUCUUGACGAGGGUGGGCAUUGCCGUCACAUCCCGCUUGAGCCAGGCGGUGCGCUCGGGUGGGACGGUGAAGGCCUCGCGCAGGUCCUGCUUGAGCUCGUGGAAUCGCGUGUGCAGGGCGUCGAUGACCUGCCCCUGCACCUCAUCCUGGGCAUGGUCCACCACAACCGUGAUCAGCUGCAGGCAGGAACCAUGAGGAUGGACAAGAGACGCAGGGCUGCUGUGGUCUGUGUGGUUGGCUGGGAGACCUUGUUGAUUCGGAUGUUUCGAAGAAUGGCAGCAGCGAUGAGUCCGAGGAAGAGCAGGACGCUGAGGACCAGGGUGGCGAGGCCGAACAGACACCCGCCGAAGUUGGAUGGCUUGAAGUCGGGGUCAUGCACUAUCUCGGCUGGCAUCAGGUGCGCCUGGCAUGACAUCCCAUUCCAUCCCAUCCACACACACAGACAAACAUGUCAAGCCGUUGUUGCCUCUUAGGUGUAGAUGGGUGUGCGUACGUGUCUGAGUCUGGGUAUGGCGAGGAUGGAUGCGCAGAUCCACAGGAGGAGCAUGAGAAACAGAAACCCACAAGCGGGACAUGGGUACCUCGGGUCCCAUCCACACAUCCUGUCAACACACAAAACGGACAACAGAGAUGCAUCCCUCCCUCUCUCCCCCCUCAGUGGCAGUUUGUUCAGCUGACUGACUCGACUGACCCGAUGGGUUUGGGUGCGUCGACUUCGACGGCCACGUCCACAUCCACCAUAUCCAGCUCCACGUGCUGCAGGUUUUCCAGCCCGCAGAACUUCUUGAAGUCCCGGGGACUGCUCGUCAGCGGCCGCCUCUCCACGGUCACUUCAGUGGGUGCGGCGUCGGCGCCGGCUGGCUGGGCCGCCUUGGGCGUCUCCUCUUGAGCCAGCUCCUGGAAGGCCGUCGGACUGAGGUCCACCAUGGUGCCCAAUGGUCCGACACCUGCAGAAUAUUUUAUACACACGGACACCCAACACAGCAAGAAGAUGAUGAGGCAGUGCAUGGAAUGCGACUUGCACUGCAAACUGGCUCCGCGUAUUCGUCAUGUACUCUGUCUGAACAUGCCUUGCUGCUGCACUGCACUGCCUAUCUGAUGCAUUCUCGUCGCAUCAUGCUGCUCUGACUCGCGAGGUGAGGUGCGACGCGCGACCUCGUGGCCUUGCCGCUGACUGUGGCAUCCACCCGCCGUUCCUUACCUGUAUGAGUAUGAGCUUCUAAGGCCUCCAGAGCGAAGGCUUCAGAGGGCCCACAUGCGACCUCUCGCAAGCUGAUCUCAGACGACUGCUAGUGACUUCCCAAUCGUCCUGACACGGGGCUAAUGGCAGUAGAAGAAGGCGGUGGCUACGACGGGACGUCGCCUGGAAAAUUGCGAGCUUAUUGUGAAGUGAUCGACUCGAAAAGGCGGUUUUGUGAUGGAAGUGGCGGUGCAGGCGUGUGAGCUCACAGUGUGCGUUUGUUUCCAU